AGUUUGGAGGCGUGCCUGCUCGCCGGCGGUGGCGGCUUCCUGUGCUGUACCCUUCACAGGUCGCUCAGGUGUCAGAGGCUGGUGAUGGGCGCGCUGAGGACUGGGAGUAAGCACUGCACCUGGAGUACCCACACUGCCCGGGCCCUGUGUGUGGCAUGAAGGCCGGCUGACUACUGCCACUGAUAAGGUUAACGGUUCGGCUCAGUCGGCUCGGCGUGGCGUCCGUGCGGUGAUAUAUCUGCGCAAUGUCCCUUCUGUUUGCCCGACCAACAUCUAGAAACUCCACCAAGAAGGAUAAGAGAUUCAUGGCUGACGUCAACGCCUCUCCGCUCAAGCACUUUGUGACCGCCAAGAAGAAGAUCAAUGGCAUCUUCGACCAGCUCGGGGCUUACAUCCAGGAAAGCUACAACUUCUUGGAGGAGACCUACCAGAAUGCAGAGCUGGAUCCAGUGGCUUCAGAAGAGCAAGUGCUGGAAGUCAAGGCCUAUCUCACCAACGUGAAGGGCAUCAGUGAGGUGCUUGCCCGACGUCAUAUGAAGGUGGCCUUCUUUGGCAGGACCAGCAAUGGUAAGAGCACUGUGAUUAAUGCCAUGCUGUGGGACAAAGUCCUGCCUUCUGGAAUUGGCCAUACCACCAACUGCUUCCUGCGAGUGGAGGGGACUGACGGGAAUGAGGCCUACCUACUGACCGACGGGUCAGAGGAGAAGAAGAGUGUUAAGACUGUGAUGCAGCUGGCACAUGCCCUUCAUCAGGAUGAACUUCUGGAUUCUGGUUCCUUGGUCAGUGUCAUGUGGCCUAAUUCCAAGUGCCCCCUGCUGAAGGAUGACCUUGUGCUGAUGGACAGCCCUGGCAUUGAUGUGACCACUGAGCUGGACAGCUGGAUAGAUAAGUUUUGCCUCGAUGCCGAUGUGUUUGUACUGGUGGCGAAUUCCGAGUCCACCCUCAUGCAGACAGAAAAGCAGUUUUUCCACAAGGUCAAUGAACGUCUUUCCCGACCAAACAUCUUCAUCUUGAACAACCGGUGGGAUGCAUCUGCCUCAGAACCGGAGUAUAUGGAUGAGGUGCGUCGUCAGCACAUGGAGCGAUGCACCAGUUUCUUGGUGGACGAGCUCGGAGUCUUGGAUCGCACCCAAGCUGGAGAUCGUAUUUUCUUUGUGUCUGCCAAGGAAGUUCUUAAUGCCAGGAUACAAAAAGCUCAAGGAAUGCCAGAAGGAGGUGGCGCUUUAGCUGAAGGUUUUCAAGUGAGGAUGUUCGAGUUCCAGAACUUUGAGAGAAGAUUUGAGGAAUGCAUCUCUCAAUCAGCUGUAAAGACCAAAUUUGAGCAGCAUACAAUGAGAGCAAAGCACAUAGCAGAGGUUCUGCGUCAGAUCAUGGAGUCUGUACAUGUGGCUGCCCAAGAGCAGAGGGUUUACUGCCUUGAUAAGCGGGAGGAGUUCAGAGAUCGAUUGGAAUUCAUAGAGAAACAACUGGAGCUGCUGACGGAGGAUUACAGGAUGAAAAUCAAGCAGAUCACCGAUGAGGUGGAACGUCAGGUGUCAAACGCCAUGGCUGAGGAGAUCCGCCGCCUCUCUGUGCUGGUAGACGAUUUCCAGAUAGAUUUUCAUCCUUCUUCAGUGGUCCUUAAAGUUUAUAAAAACGAGCUCCAUCGUCACAUAGAGGAGGGAUUGGGCAGGAACCUGUCUGAACGCUGCUCCAACACCAUUUCUGUGUCCCUGCAGGCCACACAGCAGGAGAUGAUCGAGGGGCUCUUGCCUCUUCUACCGUCAUCCACCCGCUCCCAGAUCGACUUGUUGGUUCCCCGGCAGAGCUUCAGCUUGAGCUAUGACCUGAGCUGUGACAAGCUGUGCGCUGACUUCCAAGAAGACAUUCAGUUUCACUUUUCUCUUGGGUGGACGAUGCUCGUGAACAGGUUUCUAGGACCCAAGAACGGUCGGAGAACUUUGAUGGCCUAUAAUGACCAGAUACCACGUGCAAUGACUCCAGUGAAUCCCAGCAUGCCGCCAAUACAGCAGGGGGCUAUGACCCAGGAAGAACUCAUGGUGUCCAUGGUGACUGGAUUGGCUUCAUUGACGUCCCGAACGUCCAUGGGUAUUUUGGUGGUGGGAGGAGUGGUCUGGAAGGCUGUGGGCUGGCGGCUCAUCGCCUUGUCUUUCGGCCUAUAUGGGCUCUUGUACGUAUAUGAGCGUCUCACUUGGACUACAAAAGCAAAGGAAAGAACCUUCAAACGUCAGUUUGUGGACUACGCUGCCGAGAAACUGCAGCUAAUUGUGAGCUACACUGGCUCCAACUGCAGUCACCAAGUGCAACAGGAGCUGUCCGGGACAUUUUCCCACUUGUGUCAGCAGGUGGAUGUCACUCGAGAAAACCUAGAGCAGUCGAUAGCAGCACUUAAUAAAAAGAUUGAAAUCCUGGACAGUCUGCAGAGCAAAGCAAAGUUGUUGAGAAAUAAAGCUGGCUGGUUGGACAGCGAACUCAAUAUGUUCACUCAUCAGUACCUGGGGCAGAGCUGAUGUGGUUGCAAUGAAGUGGCUGAAAAUGGGAAUUUCUAUAACUACAUUCACUUUCUAGGUAAUGUCAUGCUUCCCAAAAUCUCCUCUCCUACUGGACUCCGAACGAAUCACCUGUGGUAACGACCUUCCAAUAAGUCUAGUUUACACGAACUAUCCUGGACUUAUGUACUCUAUGAUCACUGGGAAGUUAUUGAGGGUCCAGAUGAUUCUGAAAAUGCCGCUUUGGCCAAAAGGCUUGAUUAGUGAAACCAAAAGACAAAGGAUGGCAAGUGAUACUGUUCAUAUGACGGACAUCAGUUUUAUGUUGUCCCUGUCUUUUUUUCCUCCUGUAUAAAGUGUGCUGGUUCUGGAGUGAUGUUCGGGCAAUGUUAGCGAUUCUGGUUAAGAAAGUUAAAAAAAAUUGUCAUUUUAGUGGUUCUUCCUGGAUUAUUCCAUUUUUAAUUGGUCUGUCCAAUUAUUUUUUUGUAUUGUAACCAUAUUAUGCUGCACCUACUACUACAAUAUAUUGAUUUAAAGGGGUUUUCCAGUUUAAGUUAUAUUACAUAAAUCAUUGUAUAAUGAAAAGCUCCUUUGUUAUUUUCAAUACUGAUGCUUGCUGUGGGUGAAAGGAAACCUUUCUAUUUGCAUCAGGCUGGUGAAAUCCCAUCCUGAUCUAAUACUUCUCGCCAUGAGACACUGUUCUAUCCAGAAUUUUUCCUUCGCCACGCAAAAUAUUUGGUUAGGACUGGUUUUCCGCUUCUGGACAGACUAGCAAAGAUCUUGCAAACGGUGAAGACUGUAAAGUUAUCAGAAAUGUGCAUACAUUUUCAUUAUACAAUGAUUAAGGUCAAUUUACAUAACAUCGGCAAUCCUAAAUAUAACUACAGCCAUCAUUGGAAGGAUUUAUCCAUUGUGGGCAAACCCUGUUCAUUGGCCUCUUGCCCUAACAGCUAGGUGAGGGUGGUGGGCUCUGCUGCUGGGACCCCCAGGUCAACAAAGCAGCCACUGAUUACCUUUCAUCUGCAGCGUUGCACUCUUAGAGUGGGGGUGCUCGUUGUGCCAGUCCUUUACCCCUUAAAUAAUUAACUAUACGUACAUGACAUUAUUUAUUUUGUACUGAUCCUGAGUUACAACCUAUGUUGUAUCCCAGAGCUGCACUCUGCAUUCUGCUGUCUAGUGUUUAAAAAAAAAAAAGUGUGUACACGGUGACUAUCCCUAUAGGUUCGUUCUAUAUGUAACCUGUACAAUGGGGUUUAACUGUGAAACUAUGCAGGUAAUGCUAUGGCAAUUCGUUGGACGUCUGACAGAAGCUCCUCAUGCUGGUUAUAUUACAAGCGCAGCAUGUGGAGUUGCCUUAAUAUAAUAUAUACUGUAUUUUGUGCUCUUAAAUUAUUCUAUUUUCCCCGUUCCCCACAGAGAAAAUGGAACAGGUGUAAAUGCCUUACUAUGUGACCGGAUUCAUCCCCAGUUUUCUUUGUAGUAACGUCAUGGAUACAUGCGAGUCCGUAGUUCCUGCAGCACUUACAUCCAAUGAUAAUUCGCACCUAAGUAAGAGAAGCUGAGUCUUUUGCCUAAACUGACCAUUAUAGAACACUAUGAUCUGCAUUAUAGUCCCCAUAUUGGAAUGCUACUUACCGUAUAGCUGUCCGUCGCUUAUUUUCGCUAAAAAACCCUUUUAUUC